UGCAGUGGUGACUGCCAGUUUGUCUUUGGUGUUUCUGCAGUGUUGUGGGAGAAAGGCAAGAGACAGGGGAGAAGAGAGGCAGACAACUGUGGAUGAGAGGAAGCCGUCAGCACCAUAGUCAACAUUAAUCACCCAGGGCCAUUGUGGUCCUGUCCUCUAUACGGCGCCAGCGCAGGCAGGCAGGCAGACAGAGAGAAAGAAGAAGAGAGGAAGAGGCAGAGGAAGAGGGGGCAGGGUGGCUGCAGGGCGAAAGAGGGGGAGAGAAUGGUUGGGGAUCAGCCUGUGUGUCCACCCCAGCUCCUGCUGCGGGGCUGGGGAGCAGUGCUGCUGUCUCAGUGCUUGUCCUCGGUGUCCUCCCAGGUCCCGGAUCCUGAGCUUUUACCCACAGAUCCCCCGAAGAAGCCGGACCCCGUCAACUCAGAGACUGUUGUUUUCUGGGGGCUGCGGUUAUGGCAGGUCAUCGCCAUCUUUUCUGUGUUUGUUUUAGCAGUUGUUAUCACUCUGUGUUGUAUUUUCAAAUGUCGAAUCCCGAGAACCAAAAAGGAAAUAGAGGCACGGCACGCGCAGAGACAGGCCGCCAAAAAAUACGCCAACACAUUAGAGACAGUGCCACCUCUGAAUGAGCUGACUGAGAUCCCAGGAUCUGCAAAAGCAGAAGAAAAAGAGGAGGUGACAACAGUCUCUGGAAAAGUGGAUGGUGAAAAGGGAGAGAAGAAGACAAAGGAGGGCAAAAGGGAGGGGAAGGGUGCCAAAGAGGGGAAGGGAGAUGAAAAGGAUGCAUCAACAAAGAAGGGUGACAAAGGUGAAAAGGGAGCAUCCAAGAAAGAAGCUGGUGACGGGAAAGAGAAGAAAUCUGGAGAGAAGGGAGACAAAGGAGAAAAAGGAGGCAAAGGAGGGGCUAAAGGGGGAGCAAAGAAAGCUCAGAAGUGAACUCUGCCCUGCAUGGACAAACACUGAGAAGGAUCAUUUCAUAUUUUUCACUGUAAGCAUUUUACACACUUUUUUCUAUAAUGAAAUUUGUAUAUUAUAUUUGAAAUAAACAAAAGACUUCGAGGUCACACACACACAAGAACAUGCAUCGUUUGUCUUCAGAGUCAUGAACGUUACAAGAAUAUCAGAGUACAGUAAUAUUACAGAUUUAUUGUCUUAUUCACAAUUCACUGAAGAACAUUAGAGACCAGAAAACAUCUUCCUAUUUUAGUUUCCACUAAUAUCUACAACGGGCCUAAAUCACUGUAGAGUGAUGAGAAGGCGAGAUGUGUCUCAGCAAACUGCCCACAUACUGUUACCUAAAGCAUGAAGACCAAUGCCGACUCCACUGAGUACAUUUCAGCACGAGAUAAAUAAAAGACAACGACACACAAUUUAUACUUCCACGAGAGGUAUUUGAAAACAAUGAAUUACAACAUUAGCUCUAUGAUUAUUGGCCUUAUUGUACACUUGAUUCCAAAACACAAUCAUUUUACAUGAUACAAUCAGAACAAAGUACUACUGUAUGAUAGGGUAUUAAAGUGCUCAAAUAUAAUUUUCCACCUUUUUUUUCUUUUUUAUAAAAAGAUUUUCAUGUUCUGAUACCAGCCACCCUUUUUUUAUAAUAAGAACUGUUUUACACUCAAGGUAAUAUGUUUAUUUGCACAACGGCAACAGUGACAAGCCAGAUUGAAUUUGAGCAGCCACCUCAGUCAACUGCAUUUUUUAUAUGCUGUACAACUGUAUUCCUGAAUGGGGCACAGAUCCAGAAUACAGUUUCCAGAGUUGUGAGAAAUGUAAUGAAUACCAGCUAAAAUGAGCCAGUUAAAUAUAAAAAAUAUCUGUAGAGACAUUAAGAUGCUGUAUUAUAAAGUUCCCCUCCACCUGGGUCACUGUGGUCUGCAGCCACCGCUAACUACUGUUGUAGUCACAGACUCAACCUGAAGUUACAAUAAUGUCUGACCCCCAUGGAAAUGUUCAAGUUGAAGUUGAAGUCACUGAAGGGCCAGAACGCACUUCUCAGAAUUCACCUGCUAAUGGUGAGUUGUUGUAUAAUGGUCUAGAUUUUUCUUAUUGCCAAGAAAUGCUGUGAAAAGACCCAAACCAUCAAUGUGCUAGACCAUCCCUCAGUACUUUCCUACCAUGUCCUCGUCUCUUACGUGUUUCCAAAUCUUUUAAAACAGCUGACGGAUAUCUAGUUUUUUUCUUUUUUCUAAGUCUAAGUAAUUUCAAUAAACAGCAGGGCACUGUUACCCUGGAAAUCCAGACUCAAAUCUGGAAAGAUUUUGAGUCUAGCCCUCACCGAUACAGCCUUGUUACCCAAGGGGUGACACUAACUGAGGCAUUUCAAAUGCCGCCGUAAGGAAUUGGAUAGCACGGUGGCCAAUCAGAGUAAAAAACUAGGUGACGUAUUCGUUGCACUGAGCCCCAUUUGUUUGCCGAACAGUGGGGCUAACUUCCUGGAAACAAAAGCUUCUAGGGCAGUCCUCUGUUCCUCUCUCAAGGAUAAAGAAAAGUGUAGUUGGCUUAGUGUUUCUUCCAAAGCUAACUGAAUGGACGUGGUCCUUCGGCAGCUGCCAUCUUGGCUGUUUACUUUAAGACUCCUACAGCGCAGCGCUGUCCUCAUAAUGUUACGCCUGCCCAGAGCCCGCCUCUCGCAGGUAGAUCUGAUUGGUCCGAUAGGCGAUUCAACGGGCUCUGCUCAUCGGGGCCAGAUCCCCGUGCAGUGCAAAUUAGAAUUUGUUGGGGGCAGGGCAUCUGGAUCCAGGUUAGGGCACUGUAGCUUUUAGCAAACAUUUCUCAAUCAUGAGGAAAUGGCGCAUUUGUUGGGGACUGUUUUCAGCAGAUUAAUACAACACAUUCAUUCACUCCUGCGACCUUGUCACAUAUCGAUGUUUGGUCAUGGACCUUCCACAUCCGGAUACGAUGUGAAUGAUUCAAAAUAAAUGCAAAAUGUUAGUAGAACAAUGCAAAUUUUCUGCAAUUUUUUUUCCUCCAACAACUAACGCACGUGGUUGGGUUUAGACAACAAAAGCACGUGGUUACGUUUAGCCAUAUAUAAAUAAAUUUGGCUAUAUAAUCUUACGGGAUGAGAACACCGCUCUCCAGGUGAAAUUUAGUGUUUGUUGGACCCAUCCACCACCUUUCCCUCCUGCCCUACUCGGACUUUCGCUGCCGUA